GCUGUUCGAGAGCAUGCGCACAGCCGCAGCGAGAGAACCCUAUUCCUCCUGUCACAACAUUGAGGGGCAAAACGACAGCCGUGUUGCUAGGCCUCGAAUAGAUCUGCUCAAGACAUAGAAUGUGAUUGGAAUGGAUACUGGGAGACUGAGUCCCUGAUUGGCCGAAGGACUGGGCAGGAGGAAAUACCAAACGAAUUGAUCCUGUCUCGAAUGAUGCAGGCAGAGGAUAGGAAGAAAAUAAAACUGAGUGUGAGUUCCAGCAAAGGCGUGGUGGAGGAAUAUUGUCUAAGAGAGCGACCGAAAGAGGACGCAUCAAAAAUGAAGAACAAAGUGACCAGCACACAAGCAGUGAUUGGUAAGAAGAAGGCCUGGUCGUGGGAUCAGUACCUGGGAGAGGAGAAGGCCAUAGCAGUUCCCCUAAGACUGUUCACUGAGGCCCAGUCGUUCCCCCCGAGCAGAAGUGGCUUCAAGGCUGGGAUGAGGCUGGAGGGGAUUGACCCUCUCCACCCCUCCAUGUUCUGCGUCCUGUCUGUGGCAGAGGUGAUUGGCUACCGAUUGCGGCUCCACAUCGACGGCUACUCUGAAUGCUAUGACUUCUGGUUAAACGCCGACUCUGCCGACAUCAGGCCAGCCGGAUGGUGCGAGUCGACAGGACACAAGCUCCACCCACCAAAAGGCUACAACGAAGUCGAGUUUAACUGGGAUAAAUACCAGGAGUCUUGCAAUGCUCCAGCUGCACCACAGCAUCUGUUUAAAUCCCAUAACAGUACCACGAGCACCUCUAAGUUUCAGGUGGGCAUGAAACUGGAGGCAGUGGACAGGAAGAACCCGUGCCUGGUGUGUGUGGCCUCGGUGGCCGACAUCGUGGACAAUCGCUUCCUGGUUCACUUCGACAACUGGGACGACACCUACGACUACUGGUGUGAUGCCAGCAGCCCUCACAUCCACCCAGUGGGCUGGUGCCAGGACCACGGACGACCUCUCACUGCGCCUCAGGGACACCCCAAUCCAGAACAUUUCCUGUGGGAGGAGUACUUAGAAGACAAUGGUUCCACGGCGGUUCCAAGCCAGGCUUUUUGUAUGAGAGCUCCUCACAGUUUCCCGGUGAACAUGAAGCUGGAGGCGGUGGACAGGAGGAACCCCAUGCUGGUCCGUGUGGCCACCGUCUCAGACACUGAAGACUACAGGGUCAAGAUCCGUUUUGAUGGCUGGCACGAGAAGUUUGACUUCUGGGUGGACUCUGACCUGCCGGACCUUCACCCUGUGGGCUGGUGUGCCCGGACAGGUCACCCCCUGGAACCCCCCCUCUCACACGCAGGAUCUUCUGACCUUAAGAGCUCGGUGACCCAGGGAGUGUGUCCCACCCCGGGCUGCAGGGGCGUGGGCCACAUCAAAGGGGCCAAAUACACAGGACACCACAGUGCCUUCGGUUGUCCCUACUCUGACAUCAACAUGAAGAAGGAGGCCGUGCUGCCCGACCGUCUGGGCGGCGAGAAGCAGAUCACCUUUGUCCCUGUGCACUUUGUCCAGAAGACCAAGAGGCUGUGCACCGCCGAUGACCAGGAGGAAGCCACGCCACCCCAGGAUGUUCCCAUGGAGACCAGGGCAAUGCUGUCGGGGUAUGAGGGGGCUGCUCGUCUCAGAGGUCGCCCCCCAGCCAACCCCCUGGUGAAGAGCGAGCCCAGGGAGGAACCAGCCACGGCUCAGGGACAGAAACUGCUUUCUCUGGGGAAGAGAGGCCGGCUACCCAGCAGACUCACAACUAAGUAUCUGCGAGUCAAAGAAGAGGACGAAGAGAUUGACUUCAAUAGCAUGAUCGAAGAGAGCAGUCUGGACAGCCUGCAGCAGGCCCUCCACCAGUCUGUGUUCCUGUCGGCCAUGUCGGCUCAACCCGGACGGGACCUACCACUGUGCUGGGAGCAGCACUGCAAGCUGCUGCCUGGGGUGGCCGGAUUACAGGCCAGCUGCGUGGCCCACUGGACCGUGGAUGAGGUGGCUGACUUCAUCCACUCUCUCCCCGGCUGCGAUGAACAAGCCAAUCAGUUCAAAGAGGAGCAAAUCGACGGGAAGGCCUUGUUGCUGCUGACCCAGCGCGACAUCGUCAAGAUCAUGAGUGUAAAACUUGGCCCUGCCCUCAAGAUCUACAACUCUAUCUUGAUGUUCAAGCACGCUGAGGACAACCAAUCGGCAGCCGGCAACGCCAACACAUGAAGCAUCGGAAGCCACACCCACCAGACCCAUCUUAUGUGUCUGUCAAACACAUAGAUUUACUGUGUCGAUUCAUUCCAAACCCAACCCCCUUACCCCUGCUCCUUCUCUUUGGCCUACAGGCACUUGAGUUCCAGGACUUAAACUAAAGUCGAUACAUGAUCUGUCCAGACCUAUGGACUUUCAGGUUACUGUGUGUGUGUGUGUGUGUGUGUGUGUGUGUGUGUGUGUGUGUGUGUGUGUGUGUGUGUGUGUGUGUGUGUGUGUGUGUGUGUGUGUGUGUGUGUGUGUGUGUGUGUGUGUGUGUGUGUGUGUGUGUGUGUGUGUGUGUGUUUGAGUGUCUCUCUUGGACACAGCCUCCAAAUCUGCCUUUAAAUCUCAAACGUAGGUGUCAUGAAGGUAAACUCAACAAAACCCGCAUUUCCAGGUAUACAGCACAGUUUUCUAUGUCUUUUACGCUGUAACUUCUCCCUUCUUUACUUUCCCUUAAAGAUGUGACAAUCACCACCAACAGUAUAAAGCCAUGACAAACCUGUGCUUUUUCUGGGUCAUCAUGGUGCUACGUGUAUUCCGAAUACAAACAGUCUACAUCACAGUUGACCUCAGUUGACCUCUGUUACCAGUUUACGAUCUCUGUCUACCGACUCAAACUGAGAUGCAUACUGUUAACGUGUCGGCCAUUUUGUUUCUGUUUUGUAUGAAUGUUAAUUAUGAUAUGUUACAGUACUUAUAUGGACUCACCUAUAUUUAUUGUGAAAAAUAUCUAGGUGUUUGCAUAGUUGAAGGAAAUUAAUAUAUUAUAUAUGAGCAAAUUGUUUUUGAAAAUGCCAAAAGGGUUUUUGUUUAAAUUUUAAAUUCAGAAUUUAUUUAAUUUGAUAAUAUUAAUAUUAUUUUAUUUGCACAUUAGAAGAAUGAAAAAUAACUUACGUUUAAGGAAAAUGUAAAACCAUGGGAUAGUUUUGAGCUGAAGAUAAUCUAAAUAAGUAUAAUUUCUGUUAUUAUAAUGUUUUAUUAGUUGAGAUAUCUUCGACUUAAUUUUUGUGGAAACUGCAACUCUAGAGUCAGUUAACAUGUAUGUUUGUCUUUAUUAACCUUUUGCUCCAUUCGGGUAGACCAGGACCAAUAUUGUCUUUUUAGUUUUUACCAUUGGGGGUAAGUUUUCUCACAGUCACAAUAGGUUGAAGGUGUUUUCUUAUUAUCGAAGAACAGCAUACUUGCUCUUCUGCACAAUUAAGAGUUUAAUCUUAUAUUUUGCUAUAACUUGGAAUUUAAGCUAUAUGUUGAAACAAAUGCUCUAUCAUUUGCUCUCUAGUCUUCAUAUACAUGUUGCUACUAAAAUGCAACCAAACUCCAUUGAAACUUCAGGAAUAUGAAGAAACUUUUCACUGUACUUUUUGCUUUUUUUUCCUAUAGGGACUUUCUCUCUAUCCCAAAAUGUUGAGCAUACAGAAACGUAUAUUUUAUUCUGAUGCUGCUUGUCUUUCUUACUGCUGUAACGUGCAAGACUGCUGUUUUAGUGCAUGGAAAAUACCGCUACAUUUUGGUACAACCUCCAAUAUGGAGGUAGAUACCCACCAAAACAUAUUUAGGAGACUCACAAUCUAUUUUGGGUGAUAUCUACCUUCAUAUAACGCUCCCUUAUCUAUGAAAAUGACAACUAAUUUAACCGUGAAUAUGGGCUGUACAUGUUUGUAUACCCCGUUUCUUACACUGAAUUAACACUUUGUACAACUCGAUGGAUUCAUAUUACAUGAUUUCACAACCCAAAUAAACAGUGCAAAGGCC